AUGAAUGUGUGGCUAACACCCUCAUCAUCACUCUCCUCUCAUCACCUUCAUCUACCAAUUAUUCCCACUAAGCUUAACCUGCACAACACCCUCCUUGCAACUACACUCUCCUUUGGUUUAUUCUUUUCUCCCUUCUCUUCUUCUUCUUCUUCUGCCUCUGCUCUUCAAUCCCCUACCCUUCCAAUCCCUCUUUCUGCUUCCUCCCAAUCAUGCCGUGAUGUUGAGGGAAGAGAUGUGAUGCUUCCAACUGCUCCUCAAGUUGUUACCAAUGAAGGACUUGUUCAGGAAGCUUGGCAGAUUGUUAAUGAUGACUUUCUUGACACUGCUCCUCACCGUUGGUCUCAAGAUACCUGGCAGCUGAAGAAGAAUGAUAUUUUGAGCAAUUCCAUUCAGACAAGGUCAAAGGCACACCAAAUCAUCAAACGAAUGCUGGUCAGUUUAGGUGAUCCAUAUACAAGGUUUCUUUCACCAGAGGAGUUCUCCAAGAUGGCGAGGUAUGACAUGACUGGUAUUGGAAUAAACCUUAGGGAAGUUACUCAAGACAAUGGAGACCACAGGCUGAAGGUAUUGGGAUUAAUAUUGGACGGUCCUGCAUAUUCUGCUGGUGUAAGACAGGGGGAUGAAAUAUUGGCAGUCAAUAACAUGGAGGUAAAGGAAAAAUCAGCAUUUGAAGUAUCAUCCCUGUUGCAAGGCCCUAACGGAACAUCCGUGACUAUUCAGGUCAAGCAUGGAAACUGUGGACCUGUUGAAUCAAUAGAAGUUCAGCGGCAAUUUGUGGCUCGCACACCUGUCUCGUACCGGAUGGAACAGGCUGACAGUGGUGCUGCUCAUGUUGGGUACAUCCGCCUCAAGGAGUUCAAUGCAUUGGCUCAAAAAGAUUUAGUCACUGCAAUGAAGCGACUUCAAGAUAUGGGUGCCUCAUAUUUUGUAUUGGAUCUUAGAGAUAAUCUUGGUGGGCUCGUGCAGGCUGGAAUAGAAAUUGCAAAGCUUUUCUUAAACGAAGGAGACACGGUCAUCUACACUGCUGGAAGAGACCCCCAGUUCCAGCAAGCUGUUGUUUCAGAUACUUCACCAUUGAUUCGUGCUCCUGUUGUUGUUUUGGUGAAUGACAAAACUGCUAGUGCAAGUGAAAUAGUUGCUUCUGCACUCCAUGAUAAUUGUAGAGCUGUUCUCGUUGGAAAACGCACAUAUGGCAAGGGCUUAAUCCAAUCUGUAUUUGAGCUUCAAGAUGGGUCUGGUGUGGUUAUUACUGUUGGGAAGUAUGUAACACCAAAGCACAAGGACAUAAAUGGCAACGGAAUAGAACCCGAUUUCCAGAAACUUCCAGCUUGGGAUGAUAUCAGUCAACAUCUUUCAAAAUGCAGUAUGCUUCAGCAAGGAUAA